AUCCUGUGACAAUCAAAUUAUUUAUGUUCCAAAUGUUGAGAGGAAUAGAUUUCUGUCAUGAAAAUAGAGUUCUUCAUCGUGAUCUUAAACCUCAAAAUCUCUUAAUCAACAAAGCGGGUCAAUUAAAACUUGCCGAUUUCGGUCUUGCACGAGCUUUUGGAAUUCCAGUUACUACUUUUUCAAAUGAGGUUGUCACCUUAUGGUAUCGCUCACCUGAUGUACUUCUAGGUUCUCGAUCAUAUUCAACCUCAAUUGAUAUAUGGUCUGCUGGUUGCAUUAUGGCAGAAAUGUAUACUGGUCGUCCACUGUUUCCAGGUACAACUAACGAUGACCAAUUGGUAAAAAUCUUUCGUAUCAUGGGUACUCCAACCGAAGCAACAUGGCAAGGCGUUACGCAGUAUCCUGAUUACCAUAAGCAAUAUACUGCAUACACUGCUCAAGAUAUGAGUCAAUUACUUCCCAUGAUCGAUCGUAAUGGAAUGGAUUUACUUACUCAAAUCGUGAUUCAAACGGGUCCUUCUCCAAUGAGAAUUCCCGUACCUCCAAUGACGGUACCUAUGCAGAUGGGUGCAAUACCAACUAUGCAAACAAUCAACGUACAAGGAAUGCAUAUUGUUCCGCCAAAUGUUAAUAUGCAAAUGGGCGGUAUACAGUCUGUUCAACCGAUGAUCGCAGUUCCUCAGGUAAUGCCGAUGAUAGGCCAUCCUCCAAAUGCUCCUUCACAAGCACCGAUA